AUGGAUGUGGCGGGGUCGUGUGCGAUGGAUGCUCGAGCAAGAUGGAGCCAACUCGGGGCAACCAGCCACUCCGCGUGUGCCCCGGCUGUGACGCAAGGUUGA